CAGUAGACAGUUUACAGUUAUCACUUGGUGUAACAACGUGUUAGAAAAUAGCAAAUACGUAUUAUAAUAAAUCAAUACUCAUUGAUAAAAUAGAAAAUAGGCCAAAAUGUUUGCAUUACGACGCACUCUAAAUAUAAUCAACCGAUCUCAAUUGGACAAACAGCUGUUUAUGCGUGCCGCCUUUGAAGCUAACUUUGCAAGCAGCGCGGCGAUGGCUCAGAAAAUACGCGCUGGACCCGUUGUCGAUGUGCUGGGUGAUGAGAUGACCCGCAUCAUUUGGCAGUCAAUCAAGGAUAAGCUUAUUCUGCCUUUCCUGGACAUUGAGCUGCACACUUAUGAUCUGGGCAUUGAGCAUCGCGACAAAACCGAAGAUCAGGUGACCAUCGACUGCGCCGAAGCUAUUAAGAAGUACAAUGUGGGCAUCAAGUGCGCCACAAUUACGCCCGAUGAGAAGCGGGUUGAAGAGUUCAACCUGAAGAAGAUGUGGAAGUCUCCCAAUGGCACCAUUCGUAAUAUACUCGGCGGCACGGUGUUCCGUGAGGCUAUCAUCUGCAAGAAUGUGCCACGUUUGGUCACAGGCUGGCAGAAACCCAUUGUCAUUGGACGUCACGCCCAUGCCGAUCAGUACAAGGCUGUGGACUAUGUGGUGCCCGGACCUGGCAAGCUUACGAUGACCUGGAAGGGCAAUGAUGGCCAAGUCAUUGAGGAAGUUAUUAAUGACUUCAAGGGUCCAGGCGUGGCCCUAGGCAUGUUCAACACAGACGAUUCCAUUGUGGACUUUGCACAUGCUUCGUUCAAGUAUGCGCUGGACCGCAAACUGCCGCUGUACAUGAGCACCAAGAACACAAUUCUCAAGAAGUACGAUGGUCGCUUUAAGGAUAUCUUUGAGGAUUUGUACAACAAACAGUACAAGAAGGAGUAUGAGGCUGCUGGUAUCUGGUACGAGCAUCGCUUGAUCGACGAUAUGGUAGCCUAUGCCAUGAAGUCUGAGGGCGGCUUCUGCUGGGCCUGCAAGAACUACGAUGGUGAUGUGCAAUCUGAUUCUGUUGCUCAGGGCUACGGCUCACUGGGUCUGAUGACCUCAGUGCUGCUCUGCCCCGAUGGCAAGACUGUGGAGGCUGAAGCUGCUCACGGCACAGUGACACGUCAUUUCCGCUUCUAUCAGCAGGGCAAGGAGACCUCCACCAACCCGAUUGCUUCGAUCUUUGCCUGGACACGUGGUCUGCUGCAUCGCGCCAAGCUGGACAACAACAAGCCACUGGAGAAGUUCGCCAAUACGCUGGAGCAGGUGUGCAUUGACACCAUUGAGAGCGGUGCAAUGACCAAGGAUUUGGCCAUUUGCAUUAAGGGCAGCAUUAAUGCUGUUGAGCGCAAGGACUAUCAGGAGACCUUCGAGUUCAUGGAGACACUCGCCAAGAAUCUGAAGAUUGCUCUGAACAAAAGCCAAUGACUGACCGACCUCAAAGAGGCGCAGUCAGCACAUCUCUAAAUAAUUUACAUGUCCAUGUGCUUGUGCAUAGUUUAGAAAGCUAAUCAUUGUGUAUGUCAUUGCUCUUUCGGUUUGUAGUCGUCGUCGUUGUCUUUUUUUAAUGUUUAAUUGUCUCUGAGAGACUGCUAAAGCUACCCUUAAUCUUUCAACUAUACUUUGUAAACGGAAAGAAAAUCUUUUAAAUAAAUGUAUUUUUAUACCGCCAAAGAAAAUGUUUU